UUCACCUCCCACAUCUUGUCUUGCGUGAUGAAAAGAGUACAAUAUGGAACUACUUCAUGACAUCAAGAUCUCUCUAUUAUCUCUCCUGUUUUGCCUUGUUAUUCCAGUCAUGUCGAAUUCUCAGCUGGAUUCCGGCGAUAUAAACUGGUGGUGCGACCAAACACCACACCCUGAGCCAUGUAAGUACUUCACGUCCCAUAGCCAUAACCACCCCUUGCCCCAGAACCGGUUUGAUUUCCGGAAGAUUAUGGUCCAAGUGACCAUGGAGAGAGCCCUCAUGGCGCAAAAGCAAGUCCUCCGGUUCCGGCCUAAGCGCAACAAUAAGCGCCAAAAGGCGGUUCGGGCCGACUGCCUGAAGCUUCAUGACAACACGAUUCUUCAGCUCAACCGAUCCCUGGAUGGCAUCGCUGGUGUGAACCAAACAUGCUCUGACUUCGACAUCCAGACGUGGCUCAGCACUGCUCUCACCAACAUCGAGACGUGUCGGUUGGGUUCCCGAGACCUGAAUGUCUUGGAUACCAUGAUCACGCCUGCGACAUCGACCAACCUGUCCCGGCUCAUAAGUGACAGUCUGGCCGUUAACGGGGCUCUGCUGGGAUCUGAAGAUGAAGACGUACCAUCAGGUGGAGAGGAGUUCCCGGGUUGGGUUUCGACUAAAGAUCGGAAGCUGUUGCAAUCUUCUUCCAUCAGGCCAAACCUCGUGGUGGCUAAAGACGGCUCGGGGCAUUUUCGGACAGUUCAGGCGGCGAUCAACGUGGCGGCCCGACGGCGUUCUAUGAGCACAAGGUUCGUUAUAUACGUGAAAAGAGGUGUCUACGUAGAGAACAUAGAGGUGGGAAUCAAUAACAACAACGUUAUGUUGAUCGGAGAUGGCAUUAGAUAUACCAUUAUUUCAAGUAGCCGGAGCGUACGAGGAGGCUAUACCACCUAUAGUUCUGCCACCGCAGGAAUUGAUGGUCUUCGCUUCAUUGCUCGUGGCAUUACAUUUAGAAACGGCGCGGGCCCUUACAAGGGCCAGGCUGUUGCGUUACGUUCUGCCUCCGACCUUGCGGUCUUCUAUCGAUGUGGAUUUGAGGGAUAUCAGGACACACUCUUUGUCCACUCCCAACGUCAAUUCUUCCGGGAAUGCUACAUCUACGGCACCAUCGAUUUCAUCUUUGGGAACGCAGCCGUCGUCUUCCAGAGCUGCAUAAUAUAUGUCCGGAGGCCACUGAGGGGCCAGGCCAACGUGAUCACGGCCCAAGGUCGGAAUGACCCUUACCAGAACACUGGGAUAUCGAUCCAAAAUUCACGGGUCAUGGCUUCAGCUGAACUACGACCGGUGGUUCGAGCAUUCAAGACGUACCUGGGAAGACCCUGGCAGCAGUACUCGAGGACGGUGUACAUGAAAACCUAUCUUGACUCGUUGGUGAGCCCGUUUGGUUGGUCGACAUGGGACGGCUCUGAUUACGCUCUCAACACAUUGUACUAUGGAGAGUACAAGAAUUUCGGGCCCAGGGCUUCGACGAGAUACAGAGUGAGAUGGAAAGGAUUUCAUGUCAUAACAAGCGCAGCUGUGGCCUCGCGUUUCACUGUGAACAGCCUCAUUGCCGGCAAAUCAUGGUUACCAUCCACGGGCAUACCCUUCGCCUCCGGUCUCUGAUGGUCAUUAAACUCGCAGAUCCUCUAGAAGCUAAAAUGUCGUCUCAUUAAAUCUAUUUGUUAAUUAUUGUUUUCUUUAUUGUUUUCCGGUUAAGCAUAUGAUUAUUGGGUCCUUGAUCUCUUGUACAUUGUGGUACAUAAAUGUGAUUAUUUAUUAAAUUUAUUCUUGCACUGAUGAAUCUAGGAUUAAAAUCUAAGAUGAAAUAUGUUACAAGAGAGAUCUUUUAGAACACCAUCAUAAGUAUCAAUGGGCCAGGCCCAGUAAGAUUCUGAUGAAUUGAUCAUCAGGCCUAGCUCAUAAUUGCCAUGACGCGGUC